GCUUCCCAGGACGGCAGCGUGUGUUUCACAAAAGAGUCUUCUGCUUCCCAAGAUAGAAGGAUGCGACAGCAGAGGCUGGAAGGUUGAACGUCAGCUGCAGACGAUCAUCGAGCGGGAUGGAGGAGAUAAAUGUUUUGGCCUCGUGUGGCCCCUUAAUUUGGGGACAUGGUCUUUAACUGACAUCAUGAGACCGGUGACAGUUCUUCCUCUCCUGCUGGCCGUGGCGUCCGCCCGUAUAGUCAACUUCAACCGCCGGGCAGACAACCUGCAGACGUUCACAGGCGACCUGGGAGGUGCUGCGCCCGCUGUGACCAACAGUGGUGACAGCACCAGGCCAUUCGAAGUCAACGGAGACACUUUUGUCAACGAAGCCGGUGCCCUGCAACGCUCCUGCGACGUGCAGUUUAACACCUGUGCCAACCAGGCCAACGGAGGGGCCAGUUUCUCAGUGGCUCAAUGCCAGCAGCAAGAGGACCAAUGCAACGCAGCUGCCGGUGCUGCCAAGCGCAGUAUAGAAGAGCGUUCAGAGCAUAUCACGCCUCGCUUCCCCCAGAUCCAAGUCAGAGCCAACUCCAACAGCACCGGCAAUAAUGACCAAGCCAGCCGCGUUGGCAACAUCAAGCGCAAGGUCGACUUUGAGAAGCGUAACGGUACGGCUGCGGACUUUAUCAAACGCGGAGACAUCAUCGACAAGCGCAACGACGCAGCGCAGAACGGUCAUGCGAACUUCAUCAAGCGAUUCACCAGCGACAUGGAGAAGCGCGCUGGGAACGGAACGGACGCUGCGCAAAAGUUCGGCCAGGCCGCGAAGGAAAUUGGCGGUAUCGUGCAGGGCAUUGGGAACCUCCUCGGCGGCGGCGGCGGAGCUGCUGCUGGCGGCGCUGGCAACAAGGCUUCUGCGCCGUUUGGCCUGAAGCCUCGGAAGACCCACUUCUUCCGUAGCUAGAAAUGAUUCCUUUUGGCUACGAUGUGUUUUCUUUCAAAUAUGGACCAUCAAUGUGUGCAAUACCCGGGAUAGCUGGCAGGAAGCAGCAGUGAUAAGGGAGG